GUGGCAGUAGUGACGCUGUGAGGCUGAAUUCUGCAGUAAAUCGGCACCACGAAGAAGAACCAGCUGUAAACAUGGCGGCGUCCAGGGAGCAAAACGGAAAGUCUGUCUCUUCUUCAAACGUUGAUCUCUUGUUGCACCCCGAGCUGCUGUCUCAGGAUUUCAUGCGGAUCAUUUUGAGUGAGAAAAACGUCAGUACGAGAGACUGUGGGAGCAGAGACCGGCUGACGGAGCUGUACGUCCGGCACGUGAUGCCGCUGCCGCAGAGGACUUUACCCGACAACCGCUGGGGAAGGAGGAUGGAGAAGAGCCGAGGAGGACGAGGCGCUGCGGGACAGCGGACAGACAGCUCCAGUAUUGAUCACAAAAGGAAAAGGCCUCUGAUUGUCUUCGACGGGAGUUCGUCUCUUUCUGGUCCAACAAAAGUGAAGAAACCAGAAGGCUCCACGGCGUCAACGGGAACCAGCGACAGGUUAAAGCCUCCUCCGGCUGCUAAUCUGUCCAACUCCAUCCGGAAGCUGACGGGCAGCACGUCGUCCUCGUCCCUGCAUCAGAGCAGGGACAACUCCAGCCUCAAGCGGGAAGCAAACACUUCGGAUGUGUUGAAAUCUCCAGAAGCAAAGAAAAAGAUCCAGCAUGUGACGUGGCCCUGACCCUUGACCCCAGAGGCGUUGUGGAGAGAUGACUCCGCUUUGGGCCGAGCUGUCCCGAUGGCACAUGACGACUCUCCAGCAGAUCCACGUUAAGGGAGCAGCAGUCAUGUUUGUGAUUCGGUGCCACUUCAGCGUCGGCCGCGACGGAGAGACGCUGCAGGUCGUCCUGCUGCUCCAGUCAGGAGCUUCCUGGUCGCUUCUCCGCUGCCUCAAGUGCCCUUACUGCCCAGCAGCAGCAGCAGCAGCAGGAGGAAUAAAGGAGUGAAGGGACCCUCUGGAUCUGUGUUUGAUUGAUGGAGUCGGUUUAGAGUACAGGAUGAAGGAUGGACUCGAUGGCUUGGAGCUGGUGUUUCUGUGAGACGCCAUUGUUUUUCCUCUGGUGCGUUUACAGCACUAAAUGAAACGUUUUAGAGGUAUUGUCUACACCAAACCUUUGUAAACAGCAGUAGAUGUGAUUUAGGUAUUCUGUGAAUUUUUUUUUUUAAUUAAUUUUAAUGAAACCUGGACUUUUUAUUAAUAGACUUGUGUUUGUUCAUGAAGGUGUGAGUUUGAAUAUUUAAUAUAUGUAUGAUGAAUUUCUCACUGGAAACCUCAUCUCCAGUAAGGUUUAAAGUUAUGUUGAGUCUCAUUACUGAGUCGUGGUCAUUUCCUCUGAGAUCCAACAAGCCAGAGGUCCAGUAAUGUUUCUUUAAAUUGAAACCGUCACUUCAUCCGCUUGGCAGAGCCUUCAGUGUUUUCCAUGUUCCGUUCUUCCUUUGUGGCUGCUUGGUGUCUUAGCAAGGCGAUUUGAUCACCACUUGUUUAUCAGGCCUUGACUUCACAGUGCUGCAGUGGUUAGCUCUCCUGCCUCAGGGUGAGAGGGUUCCUGGUUUGAGUCUGAGCUUGGGGCUUUUUCUGAAGCUGCCUCACGCUCUCCUGCAGGGGUCUUCUUUGUCUCCCUCAGUUCUCUAAUUGAGCGACUCUAAGUGGCCCUGAGGCUUAACGUGUGUCUGUGAUUGACUGGUGACCCAAUCAGAGCUUAACACCCCCCACCUGAUCAGCUGCAGCCCCUCCGACCCGAAACUGUAGAAGCGGCAUGGAUUCAGGCACUAACUCUGACACUGACUUUUAUUUUGGAAGUGAUAAAUGAAUAGGAUGGAAGUGACCACAUGUAUCAAACAUCACCUUUUAAUAAACUGUGUGGAGAGUAAAUGAUGAAUCCGAUGUCUU